AGGAGGUGUUUGGGCUGCCACUCAACAAAGGAAGCGUCACCAUAGUACCUACCAUUGUCAACUCCCCCCGGCCGAGGAUGCAACACAUGGGUCGAGGCGGUGCCAGGCGAGGUCGACCGCCGAUGGCCAUGCAGUACGCUACCGGUAAUAUCAUCACCAAGGGACAGAUGCCUGUUAGGAUCACCAAGAAACCUAUGACAAACAUACGUGGAGGUAAAGCCUACCAGACCAUUGCUAUGCCUGUGUCGGGGGGCAGCGCCACGCCACAGGCCCUGUUAAAUAAAAGCGUGGUGAUAACCCCAGCCACGAAGGCCACAGCGCUGGCCACCUCUAAAGCUGUUCGCAACAUCAAACUCAACCCCAAGUUGACGGUGACCACCACGCCCAAGGGGAAUAACGCCGGUCCCAGCACUAGCGGCGUGGCAGCGACCAAGAUGACCGCCGUACCCAAGAUAACCAAGAAGACCACGCUAGCUCAGCUGGCUAACUUACACAGAAACGAAAAACUGAAAAAGUUAAAUCAGGCCAAGAAAGAACAGGAGAAGGACUCCGGCUCCAGCACGGUAGACAACUGCAAGUCCGAGUCCGGGGAGGAGGCCGACGGUCCCGUUAAUCUGGUUAGUAAAAAGGAAGAAGCUGACAGCCCCAAGAAGGAGGAAGGUGAGAGCUGUGAAGCGGUGGGUGGUGGCUCAGACUCGGGUGCUGCUGGACUUGGAAAAGAACAUCAUGGUCUGGGCGGGUCAAAUCACCUCUCCGAUUCAGCUGCUUCUGAAGCAUCCAAGAUGGCUGACAACUCGUCCCCAUUACCUGGCAAACGGGAUGACAAGUUAGGAACCGCCGACGCUUCCACGGGUUUGGUGACGUCCGACGGAGGGCCAACGACAGACAGUUCUUCCCCUUCGCUCCAUUCCAACGAAGUCGUCCUUGGAGCACCAUCUAAGUCGGCCGUUGGAUUUGGAAUGCGGGACCUAGCAAAACCUCUCUCUAGCUCGGUGAGCAACAGCGAGAGUCGCACCGGCAUCGUGAAGCCACAAGUACAACAAACACCCAACAAACCCACGGCCAGCCUCACCCCACUACAGUCCAUGAGCAACCUGCUGCCCCCUGGUGGUCCAGGGCCCCCGGGGGCACCACACACUAUUUCAAGUGCCAGCCUGGGCAGCAACGUGGCACAGGUGGCACCUCACGUGCACCAGUCUGGCCUGUCCACUUCCAACACAUACGCAGGCUCUCAGUCUCCCUUCCUGCCAUCCACCACGCAGGCUCAGUUCAGCGGCAAUGGCGGGAGCUACGGAACCAUGUCUAGCAUGUCUAGCCCCAUGCCGGCCACCACCCAGCAGGCCACUACCACUUACCCCACAAUGUCUGACAGUCCACAGCUCUCACAACAGCAACACCAAAUUCAACAGUCUCAGCAGAGUUCCCUGAGCUCGACGCUGGCUCACGCCGGCAGCGGUCUGGUGCACAGUUCACGCAGCGGAGGACUGGGCGGAGCUGACAGUCCCCUAAACUUGUCCCACUUACUUAAUUCUCAAGUGUUUGACGCAGUGCCGGAAGACCUGAGCUCCCCACACAGCCAUGCGUCCGCCCUCGACUACCUCAACUACACCCUGUCGACGGGCACCAGCGCCUUCCGUCGCCCCGACUACCAGGCCACGCUCAGCCCAGACUUACAGUCGCUAAUUAAUUCUGCCACGUCCCAACAAUCCCUCACCUCUUCCCUCCCCGGUGCAGCCCACGCGGCCUCCAACCCUGCGGUGACGUCUCCUUCGCCAUUCCCGUCCUACCAGCCUCCCACCUACCCUCAGUACGCCCCCUCGUACCGAACGGGGACCUCGGUGUCUGCCAGUCCGUACGCCGCUUACGCCGGUCAGUAUCCCCCGUACGCUGCCCAGUACCCGCCCGGUCUGGCCCCACAUGCCGCAACCACCGCACAGCCUCCGACUAUGGGUCAGUACGGAGCACUGCACACCCCGCCCAACCCCUACCAAACGUACCCCGCACCUCCGACACCCGGACGAUCGCCGUACUCGUCUACCCUCGGUGGGUUCAGUCACGGCCCGUACCCCCCAAUGUGA